GCUCCGGCCCGGACAGCUCUCUACCUCUCCUUCUCCCUCCACCAAAUUUCAAAAAGUUUCCGGCCACCGGCGGCCUUGUUCGACUCCAUUUAUCAAAGAGUAUCGGAGUGUAUUAAGGGUUUCUAUUAGAAGCUGUAGCAGUUAGGAAUGGAGGGGACUCCGAAUAAUGGGAAACGUAAACAGCCUGAAGAAGAUUUAGAAAAUGACGAGAAUUUGAAGCAGGAUUCUGCGUCAAAAAGGCGUACUUUGUCUAGGACAUGUGUCCAUGAGGUGGCUGUUCCGAGUGGGUAUAGUUUGAGUAAAAAUGAGUCGAUUCAUGGGACGCUUUCGAAUCCUUUUUAUAAUGGGGAGAUGGCUAAGACAUAUCCAUUUAAGCUUGAUCCCUUUCAGGAAGUUUCUGUGGCGUGUUUGGAGCGGAAUGAGUCUGUUUUGGUGUCGGCACAUACUUCUGCUGGGAAAACUGCUGUUGCUGAGUAUGCAAUUGCAAUGGCUUUUAGGGAUAAGCAGAGGGUUAUUUAUACUUCUCCUCUCAAAGCCCUGAGCAAUCAGAAGUAUAGAGAGUUGAACCAGGAGUUUUCAGAUGUUGGAUUGAUGACAGGUGAUGUAACACUCUCGCCGAAUGCAAGUUGUCUGGUGAUGACAACCGAGAUUCUGAGGGGCAUGCUCUACAGAGGUUCUGAGGUUUUAAAAGAAGUUGCCUGGGUUAUAUUUGAUGAGAUUCAUUACAUGAAGGACCGUGAAAGAGGGGUUGUUUGGGAGGAAAGUAUAAUAUUUCUACCUCCUGCUAUCAAGAUGGUUUUCUUGUCAGCUACAAUGUCAAAUGCUACGGAGUUUGCGGAGUGGAUAUGUAAUAUACACAAACAACCCUGUCAUGUGGUUUAUACAGAUUUCCGACCAACACCUUUGCAACAUUAUGUGUUCCCUAUGGGCGGAUCUGGCCUUUAUCUUGUUGUGGAUGAGAAUGAGCAAUUCAGGGAGGAUAAUUUUGUGAAGUUGCAAGAUACAUUUACAAAGCAGAAGCUGGGAGAUGGCAACAAAAGUGCGAAUUCCAAAGGAAGUGGCAGAAUUGCAAAAGCUGGAAAUGCUUCUGGUGGUACUGAUAUUUACAAGAUUGUCAAGAUGAUUAUGGAACGUAAAUUUCAGCCAGUAAUAAUUUUUAGCUUCAGUAGAAGAGAAUGUGAACAACAUGCAAUGUCCAUGUCCAAACUUGAUUUUAACACCCAGGACGAGAAAGAUGUGGUUGAGCAAGUUUUCCGAAAUGCGGUGCUCUGCUUGAAUGAGGAAGAUAGAAGCUUACCAGCAAUUGAACUGAUGUUACCACUGCUUCAAAGGGGAAUUGCUGUUCACCAUUCUGGCCUACUCCCAAUUAUCAAAGAAUUGGUGGAACUCCUCUUCCAAGAGGGACUUGUUAAGGCUCUCUUUGCCACUGAGACGUUUGCAAUGGGAUUAAACAUGCCGGCAAAAACUGUGGUGUUUACGAGUGUCAAAAAAUGGGAUGGUGAUAGUCAUCGGUUCAUUGGUUCUGGUGAGUAUAUCCAGAUGAGUGGAAGAGCUGGUCGACGUGGCAAAGAUGAUCGAGGAAUCUGCAUUAUAAUGAUUGACGAGCAGAUGGAGAUGAAUACUCUUAAGGACAUGGUUUUGGGCAAACCAGCCCCACUGGUCAGCACUUUCAGGCUUAGCUACUACUCUAUCUUGAACUUGAUGAGUCAGGCUGAGGGACAAUUUACAGCUGAGCAUGUGAUCAAGAAUUCAUUUCUCCAAUUUCAGUAUGAAAAGGCUUUACCUGAUAUAGGAAAAAAGGUAUCCAAGUUGGAAGAGGAAGCUGCAAAGCUUGAUGCCUCAGGGGAGGCUGAAGUUGCUGAAUAUCAUAAACUAAAGCUGGAGAUAGCGCACCAUGAAAAGAAAUUGAUGGCUGAAAUAACACAACCUGAAAGAAUUCUUUAUUUCCUGCAGCCUGGAAGGCUGGUGAAGGUGCGCGAAGGGGGAACAGAUUGGGGAUGGGGAGUUGUUGUCAAUGUGGUGAAAAAGUCCCCACCAGCAUCGGGUUCUUUGCCUGCUGCAUUGGCUUCGGCUCGUGGUAAUAGCUACAUUGUGGAUACUUUGCUUCAUUGCUCACUUGGAUCAAGUGAAAAUGGUUCUCGUCCCAAGCCAUGUCCCCCUCGUCCUGGAGAAAAGGGAGAAAUGCAUGUGGUUCCUGUUCAGUUGGGCCUAGUUUCCACCAUCAGCAAAAUCAGAAUAUCAAUUCCUUCAGAUCUUCGGCCACUUGAAGCUAGGCAAAGUACGCUGCUUGCAGUACAAGAGCUAGGGAAACGUUUUCCACAAGGCUUGCCAAAGCUUAAUCCUGUGAAGGACAUGGGCAUAGAAGAUCCUGAAAUUGUGGAGCUGGUAAAUCAAAUUGAGCAACUUGAACAGAAAUUAUUUGCUCACCCAAUGAACAAGUCCCAAGAUGAACAUCAACUGAAAAGUUUCCAGCGAAAGGCAGAAGUAAACCAUGAAAUUCAACAGUUAAAGACAAAAAUGCGUGAUUCUCAGCUUCAAAAAUUUCGCGAUGAACUCAAGAAUCGUUCUCGUGUAUUGAAAAAGCUGGGCCAUAUUGAUGCUGAUGGUGUUGUCCAGCUGAAAGGACGGGCAGCCUGCUUAAUAGACACAGGAGAUGAACUCCUUGUUACUGAAUUAAUGUUCAAUGGAACAUUCAAUGAGCUGGACCAUCACCAAAUUGCAGCUCUGGCAAGUUGCUUUAUACCGGGAGAUAGAUCAACUGAGCAAAUACAUUUGAGAAUGGAACUUGCUAGACCAUUACAGCAGCUCCAGGACAGUGCAAGAAGAAUAGCAGAGAUACAACAUGAAUGCAAAUUGGAGAUAAAUGUGGAUGAGUAUGUGGAGGCAUCCAUACGACCGUAUUUGAUGGAUGUAAUUUAUUGCUGGUCAAAGGGAGCAUCUUUUGCUGAGGUCAUACAAAUGACUGAUAUUUUUGAAGGUAGCAUUAUACGGCUAGCUAGAAGGCUUGAUGAGUUUUUAAACCAGUUGAAAGCAGCUGCGCUUGCUGUGGGAGAAGUUGAUUUGGAGAAGAAGUUUGCUGCAGCCAGUGAAAGCCUCCGCCAUGGUAUCAUGUUCGCAAACUCUCUUUAUCUCUAAACUUGUAUACCGGUGGUCCUAUGCUGUAUAUUUUAGAGCUUUAGUACUUUUUUGCAUCAGAAAUUAGCGCCCAUUCUGGAAGCGCUUAACCAGUUAGCGCCUUUACAUGUGUAGCUCAACGUCGUAUAGAUUCAGAGUUGUAACUUUAGCGGUCGUAAAAGGAAGGAAAAUUUAGUGAAUUUUCAGAGAUCUAAAGAGUUCCCUCUGACAUUGUAUACAUGUUGAAUAUAUGUAACAUGACAAAGUAAGUUUUGCAUUUUUGAUCAAAC